AAGAAAGGAAAUAACCCCGCGGGGUAAUACAUGAAUCUCCCGGGGGUCCAGAUGCAAAAAGAAACUCGCCUUUCCCCGUUUUCAAAACUGACCCCUCCUCUCUCUCUCUCUAUCUCUCCUCCUCCCUCAUCCUCCUCUCCUCUCUGUGUUUCUCUCGUUCCUCGCUUCCUUCGCUUCGCCCCCCUUCUGGCAUCCUUCCUCGCGCGGCCUCUCCCUCCCAUGGUCCUCAUGGCCGCCGUCGACGACCACGACCGCCACCGAGCCGGCAAUUCCUCGUCUCCUUCGGAGGAUUCCCCGGCUCCGGCUCCGGCUCCGGCUCCCGCUCCCGCUCCGCCGCAGCCGUCGCGCACGCGGCUCCACAGCUUCUCGUUCCCCACCCUCAGCUGGGGCACCCACCGCCUCCUCCGCUGCUCCAAGAACCCCGCCUCGUCGCCCCCUCCCGCGGCGCCGGACACCCCGUCGCCGGACAAGGAGAAGGCGGCCCACCGCUCCACCGACGGCGUGGGCGGCGGCUGUUCGCCUCAGCGGGGUCCGCAGCGGCCGUGGAACCUCCGCACCCGCCGCUCCGCCACGGCCGCGCCGCGUCCGGAGGGAUCGGACGACGCGGCCGAUGCCGCGCCGGAUCGAGCGCCAUCGCCGCUGGCGGCGACCAAGAAGCGGGUGUUCUCCAUCGUGCUGUCCAAGGAGGAGAUCGGCCAGGACUUCAAGGCGAUCCGCGGGACUCGCCCCCCGCGCCGGCCCAAGAAGCGCCCCCGCACCGUGCAACGCCAGCUCGACUUGCUGUACCCUGGAUUGUGCCUAGCGGACCUGACGCCGGAGACAUACAAGAUUGAAGAGAGGUGAUUGGUGUUAUUUGUGAAAGCUCCAAUGGGAGGGGAUUUUCAGAUGUUCUGAUAUCUUUUCUCUUCAGAUGUUCUGAUCGUUUUCCUUUUGUUAUGUGAUCAUGGGCUAACAAGGUUGCUUCAGAACCGUAAUGUUCUGGACGGGUUAGGGGAAGUUUAGUUGGGAAUCUCCUCUAAUUAUGUAUUGGAUGUGGUUGUUGAGGAGUUUAGGUUGUGGAAAUUGAUUAUUGGGCUUGUAGGAUUGUUAAUUGUAUAAAGUGUAAUCAUCUGUACAUUGUACUAUUAAUCUAUGAAGAAUUUUCGUUAUUACGAAACUAUGAGAAAGUUAUUUAAUAUUGCUUCUUCUUGUU